UGUUUUCCCUUCUGGGUUUUAGGAUGAAACUGCAAUCACUCACGAUCCCUUUUGUUCUUUCCCACAGUACAAAUCCGCUCUCUCUCCUAUUUCUCUUUCUAUUUAAAUCUCUUUCGCCUCUUUCAGAGUAGAGAGAGGGCAAAGUGAGAGAAAAAAAAAGAGGGAGUGAAAGAGAAGAAAAUCCAAACACGCGUGCAUUAAAAAAAACACCAGAAGAAAAAAAAAGGCAAAGCUUUGAUUCUUAUAAAAUCCCACCACCCUCACAAACCCUUAGCAUAGCUUGAAGGCAUUUCUCUCUCUACUUUUGUGGGCCUUUUUCUACUUGAUUUCAGGUUCUCAAGCUUUGGUCUCAAGGGUUUGGUGAGUUGUAGAUGUUUCCUAUCUCUCUCCCUCUCUAAAGAAAGCACGUUUUGAUGCUAAAAGGGGCUUCUUGUGAUGAUAUCAAGAUGUGGGUUCUCAUGGGUUUAGACGAAGUUUGCUCUUUUGCGUGACGGAGUGGUUAACUUUGGGACGGAAAUUUUCUGUUUUCAAGUGUUGGGUUGUUCAAUUACUUCCCCUGUUUGCUCAUUUUGUUGGAGAAAGAAUCGAGAGAAGAGCUUCCCUCCCAACCUAACAAAAUGGAGGGCUGUUCAAGAAACGGCGAAAUCUCUCAAAGGCUUCUGUAUUUGAUCCCCAAAGACAGAGAAUGGUUCCACGACGAGAAAUCGAGCCAUGGGUGUUGCAACACAGAGGAGAAGAAGCUCGAGCUCAGGCUCGGACCACCUGGUUGCGAUGAAGAUUGUUUGGCAACGAAUAAGGACACAGAGGACAAGUCUCUGCUCUGUCUUGGUAACUGCAUUUCCCUUUCCACAGACAAACCCACAGCUGUUCCUCACAGCUCCCAGAAAAGAACUGCUCCUGGUCCGUUGGUGGGUUGGCCACCGGUCCGGUCGUUCAGGAAGAACAUAGCGAGUGGAAGCUCUUCCAAGGCGGGAAACGGGUCCUCCAAUGGUGGACAGAGCAGGUUAGCCCAACCUAAGACCAAAUGUCUGUUCGUGAAGAUCAACAUGGACGGUGUUCCUAUUGGUCGUAAAGUCGAUCUCAAUGCCUACAACAGCUACGAGCAUCUGUCUUCUGCCGUCGACAGGCUCUUCAGAGAUCUCCUUGCAGCUCAAAGAGAAAAGAAACAAGGAAAAAAGAAACCCAUCACCGGAUUGUUGGACGGUAAUGGCGAAUACACUCUCACUUACGAAGACAGCGACGGCGACAAGAUGCUCGUUGGGGAUGUUCCAUGGCAUAUGUUCGUGUCAUCGGUGAAGAGGCUGCGUGUGAUAAAGAGCUCUGAAGUCUCUUCUGCACUAACAUUUGGUAGCAGCAAGCAAGAAAAGAUGAAACAUUGAAAGAUCUUUCGGCUGAAGGAGAGAUUGCUCUGCUUAGUUUCACUCCUGGUAUUUGAAAACUCCCGACAUGGCCAUAUCCUUCUUCAUGUACAUGAUGUGGUUUCUUGCAUGUAAUUAUUGUUUUUGUCAAAAAAGGACAUCUGAAUCUGAACUUCUCUUUCAUUCAUAAUGGAGCUUUGGGCUUUCAUGCUCUUUGUUA